UCAAAGCUUUGUUUUUGUUUGCAUUUAUGCCGUGCAAAGAGUGAAAGGAAAAUUGAAUUUUUCUGUGCAAUAGAGGUGGAAAUUGAAGGAAAAAGGAUUGGAGAACGUGAAGAAAACCCCAAAGCAAAGAUGAAUAUAUCAAUUGAGCGCAAAAAACCAGAUAUGUCGUCGCUACAGCGCGAUAAAGUGGACGUUUACUAUAUCAGUCGAGGUGGGAUGCGCACAGAUGUCUCCCUGGUGCCCCCAAUCCGGCAGACAGCGUCAAUUUUCAAGCAACCAGUCACUGUAAACAAGACACAAGAAAGCAAAGUGAAGACAGAACUGAAGCAUGGUGUCCAGGAGCGUCCGAAGCAGCUUUUCUGGGAGAAACGACUCGAGGGGCUGCGUGCAUGCGAUGUGGAUGGUCACGAAUUCACGGCAAUUGAAAUGAACAAAGGACUAAAGCCAGUUGGCCCCAAUGUGAAUGAGACAACCCUCUUACAGUCCAUCGCUACAUCCCUACACGUCUCCAGUACUUCCGUCACUGGACAAACUGCCUCCCGAUCAGCUUUAGCCGCCAAUCCGGGAGUUUUCCUAAAUGCCGAUCAACCGCUCAUGUAUUCCUACAGCAUAUGUGAUGAUGACAUCCGGCGGCAGGAGGAAAAGGUCUCAAGUGCUAGGAAAGCUUUGAGUACAGCUCUCACGGCUCCGCGCUAAAUACUCCUCCGGAAAUACCCUGAAAAAAUCUUCAUUCAGAAGCGCAACUUCAACGCCAUCUCGCGGAAUUUUUUGUGCAGCGCUGAGGUCUUUUUCUCCGGGAAUAUCCACAAUAUUUGCUAAUUUAUCAUAAAAAUAGUUGUAGUUUCUAUAUAAAAUAAAGGACAUCAUGAAUAUUUCA